GAGAGCAGAGCAGCAGUAGAAAACUGAUAGAAGAGCAGAAAGCAGGAAGGUGAAGUGUGUGUUUCAGUUUCAGACAUUUUUUUUGCUGUCUCUGUUUUCUCACUCAUAUCUUGCAAAUGUACCUGCCUAUUUCGCCCACUUUUUCUCCUCCAUUUCUUCAGCAAAUUCUCAUGCUAUGAUCUCCAAAAUGUCUUAUCUUCAGGAAUUAGGUGUCACCCUGGCACUGCUCUAGAUUGAUCUGCUGAGUCGAGUACUUCUGAUUAUCCUCAUUGGUGGCUGUCCUUGUAUAUUGGUUCGUUGCUGGUUAUUGGAUCUCUUGGCUUCUUUGGAGAACUGAACCUAAGAUAUGGGUUCUCGAUUUCCCUCUCAUCAGUUGAGCAAUGGCCUUUAUGUAUCAGGCAGGCCUGAGCAACCGAAAGAGAAGACUCCAACAAUGAGCUCAGUUGCCAUGCCGUAUACUGGAGGAGAUAUAAAAAAAUCCGGAGAACUAGGUAAAAUGUUUGACAUCCCUAUGGAUGGCUCCAGGUCCCGAAAAUCAGGUCCCAUAAACAGUGCUCCAACAAGGACAGGUUCUUUUGGUGGUGCAGCUUCUCACUCAGGGCAGUUGAAUUCUGUGAGAAGUGGCUCGGUUUCAGGUGGAGUUCCUGGGUCAGUUUCAUUGAAGAAGACAAAUUCUGGCCCACUUAAUAAACACGGUGAACCAUUGAAGAAGUCGUCUGGUCCUCAGGGAGGUGGGACUGCUGUAUCUCGCCAAAAUUCGGGUCCUCUUCCUCCGGUUCUGCCUACCACUGGCCUCAUUACAUCUGGGCCUAUUACAUCAGGUCCCCUAAAUUCAUCAGGAGCUCCACGCAAAGCUUCUGGUCCUUUGGAGUCUACAGGCUCGAUGAAGAUGCACAAUGCUUCCUUAGUCAAUAACCAGGCUGUUACCCAUCUUAGCCAGGAUGAUGAAUAUUCAUUCCGCAAGAGCUUCCCGAAGCCAAUUCUUUGGGCCAUCAUUCUUCUCUUUGUUAUGGGGUUUAUUGCUGGUGGCUUUAUCCUUGGAGCUGUUCGCAAUCCCAUUCUUCUUGUGGUUGUUGUUAUUCUCUUUGCUGCAGUUGCUUCUGUAUUCACCUGGAAUACAUGUUGGGGAAGAAGGGCUAUUACUGGUUUUAUAGCUAGCUAUCCAGAUGCAGAGUUACGAACUGCAAAGGAUGGCCAAUUUGUCAAAGUUUCUGGGGUUGUCACCUGUGGAAAUGUUCCUCUUGAGUCAUCAUUCCAGAAAGUUCCUAGAUGUGUUUAUACAUCUACAAGCUUGUACGAGUACCGGGGAUGGGAUUCAAAAGCAGCAAACCCAACACACCGUCGCUUUACCUGGGGCCUCCGGACAUUAGAGAGGCAUGUUGUUGAUUUCUAUAUUUCCGACUUCCAAUCUGGUCUGCGGGCAUUGGUCAAGACUGGUUAUGGUGCUAGGGUAACUCCAUAUGUUGAUGAGUCUGUUGUUGUCGACAUCAAUCCAUCUAACCGGGAUAUGUCCCCUGAGUUUGUCAGAUGGUUAGGAGAACGGAAUCUUUCUAGUGAUGACCGCGUAAUGCGUCUCAAAGAAGGCUACAUCAAAGAAGGUAGCACUGUGAGUGUUAUGGGAGUCGUGCAACGGAAUGAAAAUGUAUUAAUGAUAGUUCCCCCGCCAGAACCCUUCUCAACAGGAUGCCAGUGGAGUAAAUGCAUCCUUCCAGCCAGUCUUGAAGGCGUCGUGUUGAGAUGCGAGGACACGUCAAAGGUAGAUGUCAUACCAGUUUAGCAGUUUGACAUUUAGCUGAGUUGGUUUGUGUCGUUCUGAGAGAAACAAGAAAAAAAGAAUCUCAUUUCUCAUCAAAAGGGUGGAAAGCAAAGGUGAGUUCAGUGUUGACCAGGUGUAUAGUUUUUCGCGUAUCUUUUUUAUGGCGUUUUUCUUUAUCAGUCUAUUUCGGGUCCAGGAGUUAUUUCUCGGUAUGGCAUUCGUGUGAAUUAUUAUAGUACAGUGGAGGGAAACUGGGCGAUUAACAACAAGUUGAAGAUUCAUUUUUCAUUUUCAUUUUCAUUCAUCAUUUUUUUUCUUUCUUCCCUUAAUUUUUGGUUAGAAUUGUUUUGGUCAAUUGGUAGCUCUUGGGCUUGUUGAAUAGUAUUAAGUGUACCUUUGCUCAUGAAUGUUUAUUGGCUUGAGAUAUUCUUUGUGGCCUUGUUUAUAUAGGUCACUUUUUUUUACUUUGGGUUGGAAAUGAAGUAUGUAUUAUUGUUCAUGAUAUAUAUAUAUAUAUAUAU